AUGCAAUCGUCGGAUGGUCCCUCAGCUUGGGACUUCACUGCGGUGAUUGAUCUCGUGUAUACCCCGACCAGACCUCAGACGAAUCCAACUCGGGGGUCUCCGGAUCCUUCCCUAUCUGACAAUGAGGCAGAUGUUUUGCGGCAAAACCCCCGAGAUCAUGGCCUCGGUGAUUUCACCGCACUAUGGGACUUUUUGCAUCCGCCCGCAGUAAACGGCAAAAAUGCUCCGAUUACGCCUAAGAGACAAUCGCUGGAUAAGACCUAUCCAUCUCCAUCCAAACCGAUAUCGAUAUUAAAACGACCUAGCAAGGCUAUUACACAAGAUAGUUCCACCGCAUCUGGUGCCCUAUCAGACUCUACAACCGAAUCUGAUGGUGAUGCCAGCGUGUUCGACUCCACUGUUUCGUCCAAGUCAGCCUUGUCACUCAUCCCAUCUCAGGUCGCUCGCACCGCUAAAAGUCAACCGCUAUUAACGCCACCCUCCUCUUGCGAAGAGGACAGCACAUUAUCAGCUUACACACCAAAGGCUAAGAAGUUGCCCACCUCUCGCUACAAAUCUGCAGUAGAACGCAAAGCAGAGCUAAUCUCUAAACUGAGCAAACAAUUCCCGGAUUUCACAAUCAGUCCGCCAUCCAUCUUUAAUGCUCCAAAGCAGUCACCCGCUGUUCAUAUUUUUGUUGAUGCAUCGAAUAUUUCCAUUGGUCUCCAUGACAGUUACAAGAUCCAACACAAUAUUCCUGUCACCACGCAUAUCAAACGGUUGCCAUUGUCUUUUCACAAUUUUUCACUUAUCCUCGAACGCGGCCGGCCUGUAGCCAAAAAGGUACUUGCAGGCUCCGACCGAUUCCCCGCUAUCAACGAAGCCGAAAAACUCGGUUAUGAGGUCAACAUCCUCAGCCGCGUUCACAAAGCAAAAGAAUACACCCCUCGACAACUCAAAUUCCGCAAUGCCCUUGACCCCGGGACGAGCCCUGAAAUGGGCCCUUCGCCUUCUGAAAGAUGGGUAGAACAGUGUGUAGACGAAAUUCUACACCUGAAAAUGCUGGAAAGUCUGAUUGAUUCGGAUGAACCGGCAACCAUUGUCCUUGCCACUGGGGAUGCAGCGGAAGCUGAGUAUUCAGGCGGAUUUCUGAGAAUGGUCGAACGGGCAUUGCAGAAAGGUUGGAGUGUCGAGUUGGUUAGCUUUGCGAUGAAUACUAGUUUUGCCUAUAAACGGAAGGAAUUCCGUGCGAAAUGGGGGAAACGGUUUCGAAUGAUUAAUCUGGAGGACUAUGUUGAGGAGAUGCUUGAUAUGACUGUCACUGAUGUCUUCGGUCGAAGAGAGAAGAUGAAGGAGUUUGAGAUAUGA